CCGCCCGCCGCCGCCCGGGCCUGGCUGCUGCAGCGGCUGCCCCGCGGACUGUCCCGGCACCCUCCGGAGGGCGCACUUCUGGAUGCAGCAGGCGGGAGUCGCGGGAGGUGUGGCGGUGGCUGCGGCGCAACUGCGGGGGCAGCUGGUGGCUGCAGCGCUGGUACCGCAGCAAGGGUGAGGCGAUUGCUAGCGAGGUCGCUUACAGGGGUCGCUCCUGCAUAGCUUCGGAGGAUGACGAGCCGGUGGAUUGGGGUGAGGAUUAUUCGGGGGAUGAGGAAGCAGAGGAGGGUGAUACGUGGUGAGAGGGGGG